AUGGCCCUUGUUGCCGAUUCCUUCCAUAUGCUGAGUGAUGUUGCUGCUCUAGUCAUAGCUUUUCUGUCUGUAAAAAUGUCGCCCAAGAAAUGGUCUAAGAACACGUUCGGAUGGGCGCGCGCCGAGGUGUUGGGCGCGCUGGUGAACGCCGUGUUCCUAGUGGCCCUCUGCUUCAGCAUCACGGUGGAAGCGAUGCAGCGCUUCAUAAAGAUCGAGAUCAUACACAACGCCAAGCUGCUGGUCGCCGUCGGCACCCUGGGACUGAUACUGAACAUCGUCGGGCUUUUCCUGUUCCACGAGCACGGCAGCAGCCACGGGCACACGCACGGCGGGGUGCCGCCGCCGUCCAACGUGCGCCACCUCACUGAGAUCGUGAACAGCAACGCGGACAUGGCACUUGGCCACCAGGCGACCGACACCGAGGAGACGGACGAGAUGGUGCCGCCGCGCGCGGACAAGGUCACCGGCAGCAAGCAGUCCGCCGGCAGGGUGGCCAGCGACCCCGGCCAUCUGAACAUGAAGGGGGUGUUCCUUCACGUCCUCUCUGACGCCCUGGGUUCUUUAAUUGUGGUUGGCUCCGCGCUCGUCGUAUGGUUGACGGACUGGCAGUACAAGUACUACAUCGACCCGGCGCUCAGUAUAGUCUUGGUCAUACUGAUCCUCGCCUCCGUUUGGCCCCUUCUCAGGGAGUCGGCCCUCAUUCUGCUGCAGACCGUACCCACGCACAUACAGGUGGACGCGAUCCAGAGGCGGCUGCUGGAGAAGGUGGACGGGGUCCUGGCCGUCCACGAGUUCCACGUGUGGCAGUUGGCCGGCGACAGGAUCAUCGCCAGCGCGCACAUAAGGUGUAGAAACCUAUCGGAGUACAUGAAGAUAGCCGAGAAAGUGAAGGAGUUCUUUCACAACGAGGGCAUCCAUUCGACGACCAUCCAGCCAGAGUUCAUCGAGCUCCCUUUGGACGGAAACGAGGUAAUAAGUGGCGUUUCGGCGGACGCGCCAUGCGCCCUCCACUGUCCUGCCAACGAUCUGUGUCACAACGCGACAUGCUGUGGCCCCAAUCAGCAGGAGCGCACAACGCCAUCACCCUCUGUGACACCAUAUCUUUGUCGGCAGCGCAACAUGGGAUCUAGGACAGAGUCAAUGAACUCCAAUAUGGCGGCGGCAGGGCAAAGUGGGGCCACCACGAGGAACCUGGAUGCCCUAGAAUGCGGGUCUUUGUUGCCCUCUCCAAUGGUGGUGGAUGGGAGGCUUUCAGCU